GUAUCCGCAUUCCAGUUUAUUGUCUUCGCCAGACAUUUGGGUGUGGAGCAAGCCGGAAGUGGGUUGAAAAGGAAAGAGCUGAACCAAGCGGGCAGGGCAUAGUGAUUUUGAGACAGGGGAGGGAGAGACCGGACAGCAAAUCCCUUGUCAAGGCAAUUUAGAAUUCAUUCGUUUGAAUGAGCUUAAAUUAUAACCGCGUGCAAUUGAAAUAAUUCGCCCCAUUUUCCACAGCGGAAGCCAAUGAAUUAGGACUGCUUGCCACGUCUGUAGAAAAAUAACAUAUUUGCUGCUUCCUGGCUAAUGAUAGCUGCAGAAACUAUUUAAACCAUCCAACAGGAUUACGCUACUUUGAAAACACGAAUUUUCGACGAAAUUAGGUUAGACCAGUGUCAAUUGUAAGUGCGUUAUUGAGUGUCCCUGCUGUUUGGAGGAAGAACGCAUAUUCCCACGCCACUAGCCUACAACAAUCAACGUUUGACCAUUUUGGCAGGGCGUUGCUGCUUUUUUUUCUCUCGUUCUGGAGCACUCGUACUGGAGUAGAAGUUCUAAGAAACUUUUUAAAGAAGGGGGAAAAAACUAACUAGGCCUAGCCCACUCUCACAAACACAAGAAAAUGUCUGGAAACAACAGCAUCGACGCGGUUAAGCGAAAGAUAAAAGUUUUACAGCAACAGGCAGAUGAAGCCGAAGAGCGAGCUGAACUUCUUCAGAGACAGGUCGAGGUGGAGAAAACAUCAAGAGAACAGGCUGAGGCUGAAGUUGCUUCCCUGAACAGGCGUAUCCAGCUGGUUGAGGAGGAGUUGGACAGGGCCCAGGAGAGACUGGCCACCGCUCUGCAGAAACUGGAGGAGGCAGAGAAGGCUGCAGACGAAAGUGAGAGGGGCAUGAAGGUGAUUGAGAACAGGGCCCUGAAGGAUGAGGAGAAGAUGGAGCUACAGGAGAUCCAGCUGAAGGAGGCCAAGCACAUUGCUGAGGAGGCUGACCGCAAGUACGAGGAGGUGGCUCGUAAGCUGCUGAUCAUCGAGGGGGAUCACGAGCGCACAGAGGAGAGGGCAGAGCUUGCUGAGGCCAAAGCCAGGGCCCUGGAGGAGGAGCUGAGGGGUUUCGACCAAUCGCUGAAGUCCCUACAGGCCUCUGAAGACCAGUAUUCCCAGAAGGAGGACAAGUAUGAGGAAGAGAUCAAGAUCCUGACCGACAAGCUCAAAGAGGCUGAGACUCGUGCUGAGUUUGCUGAGAGGUCUGUGGCCAAGCUGGAAAAGACCAUAGAUGAUCUGGAAGAGAGACUGGCCAAUGCCAAGGAGGAGAACCUCAAGAUCCAUGCCACCCUGGACCAGACCCUGCAGGACCUCAACAGCUUCUGAGAACACCCCCCCCCUCUCUCUCUUUGUCUCUCCUUUCUACCCACUCUGCUGCCGUGGUGUCAAGGUAGGAAAAAGCACCACUGGGGGUUGUGAUGCUGGAGUGUGCCAAAACCACUAUUUACUAUGACACCUUUAUUCUCAACAGCUUUGAUUGUUAAACUUUCAGUAUUCUUCAAUGUGACAUCUUGCGGAAGCGCUUGCCUUUAUCCAUUGGAAUGGUCUUUAAUAGGGGAACUCUGUCAUACUUGUGUGGUCUACUAUGCCAUCUUCUCCUUGCUUGAAUGGGGCUAGCAUGACAGCCUUUAAGGAUUCCUUGCCAAGUAAACAAGAACAUGGUCAGUCCACUCACCUAUAGAAUAGCCCAUUUUAGUUUCCAACCAUAGAAAAUGGAGGAACUGGGCACAUGAUUUUUGCCAGCCAUUUACUACACUUCUGACUUCUGACCUGUCCUGCUGUUGUAUACCCUGGACUGGUUCUAUUUUGUUCUCUAGCACCUUCCCCUAAUGCCUAAACCCUCAAAGUUCACAGAUCUGAAAGAGCUGAAGAGGGGUAAGCAAGAUGGAAGAAGCUCCACUUGGUCUAUCAGAGGGCUGGGCCAUCACUACGUUGCUUAGGCCUUUGCUGUCCUUUUAUGAUUAGUUGACACCAAAAAGGGUUAGUGGAUAGGGUCCAAAAUGGAACUGGGCUUCUUUCUGUCCUUAUAUGCAGUAUAUCCCUUUAAUCGCUCCUUUUUCCUACUUUACACCAAUACAGUUUGGGACAGAAACCACAUUGGGUGGUCUGUAUUGAUGACAUCCAAGAUGUAUCAUGCGAUUGUUUUUCUUAUUCCUAUUUUCCUAUUAUUAUGGAUAUGCAUAAUUUGUUUAUGUGCAUGAUAUUUUGCUUAAUGUAUCUGUUUUCUCCCACUGAAACCAUAGCCACUGUCACAAAACAGUGCUGCACUUGUAUGACACUAAUUAUUUGGCCUCUGAACUCUCCAAUUCUGAACUUGUUUAUGCUAAUUUAUUUUGACCUUUCACAUCAGAUCUUUUUCAGAGCUGAUCUGAUAAAAAUACCAAUUAGUGGAAAAAAAUAUCAGAAUUGGGCUGCCUGUGUUAACGCAGCUUUUUUAGUUUGAGAGGUUUAUGGUGAGGUUGUUGGGUUCAAAAAUCAAUGGCUAUCACCUUGCCAGUACCAUGCCAAUUAUAGAAAAUGGGUGGGGGAUUCGAUCAGUUUGAUGCAAAACCUAUACAUUUAGUAGGGGAUUUAAAAACUUCAACACAUGAAACAUUGAGGUCUUAAUUAUUUUAACUGGAAACUCAUCAGAGAUGUAUAACCACUGUUACAGUCUUGUUCCAUUGUAAUGACUUUUUUGUUGUUGAAUAAAGACCAUGAUUUUUACUGCUAUA